AUGGAUUCUUUGAACCCGUUCAAGCACGUUGGUAAGAGUAUCUUGUACGUCUCUGUAGCAGGGAUUUUGUCCAUCUACAUCUCAAAGAGUAUCAUCAGAAGAAGGAGGGAAGCCAAAUUUCAACCUAAUGCGAAGAUGGCUGCUGAUGAACACGACAGAAACAACAAUACGUACUACGAUAAUCUGGCACAAGUGAAACCGGGGUUCCCACUACCGAAGGAAGACGGUAGUGUACCAGAAAGAAAAAGCAAGUAUGAAGCUGGUGGAAUCAGCGCCGUGAGUAGGAAAAGGGGCGAUAAACUUGGAUUUUGGGAUAGAAGAAGGGAUGACGAUUGA